AAUAUCCAAUGAAAAAACAAUCACAUGAGGUUAUGGAUCACCCCACUCUCGAAUGCAUACUUUUUCAAAAUUACAGAAACAACUCAAAUCAAAUAGAUGCUGAAAAUUGAGACUAAAUGAGUGUAUGAUUGCUCGAUUGCAAGUUUAAACGUAAAACUUGUUAAUUUGACUUCUCAUUUCUUUUAUAUGUUGAUUGUAGUUCGAACAGGUAAUGGAGAUGCUCAAACUGUGUAUGCUAGGGGCCCUGCUCGUUCCCAUCCUUAACGUCAAGACCUGUGAUGCAAAGACCUGUGAGGGCGACUUCAAUGACCGCACAUUGACAAAGGAACAGUGCAGACAGUGUGAUAACCGCAGGUGGAUAUCUUCCAAAAGCUCCUGUCAAAAAUGUACAGAGUGUCAUCCGGGUGAUGGAUUAUCACAGGCAUGUGGAAAUGGUGAAGGUAACGACAUACUGAUAAGCUGUAUCCCUUGUAACCAUACCAACCAUUGGUAUAGUGACGCACUUGAUUCGAACCAAUGUAAGAAGAGCCCACAAUGUCAUACUUUCAACCGUGUCUACAAUAAAACUGCAACACCGACAUCAAGUGCCAUAUGUGGAGGUUGUUUGAAGGGAUUUUUCAUCCCAUCAUUUAUGAACUUUCUUCCUGGCAAACUCAGACCAUGCGAUGAAUGUGCACUGGCAAGGUCAAGGGAAGAUAUGAAGGUAUGUGGCUUAUCAACGAAAGUGGAUGAAUCGGCGGAGACAACAUCUGAUGACAAAACCAGGUUUUUCGAAGUUUUUAUAAGUGUUGGAGCCGUUUUCGUUAUUGCUAUUGCAAUCGCCACUGUGUUUUGGUACGUAAGAAAUCGACCAUCGUGUAAGACCUAUCGAUCAAAUGAUACUCUAUAUGAAGUUGUGCCAUCGAAAGAUCUGCACAAUAAUAACCUCCAAAUAGGAAAUAUUACUACAAUUGAAAUCGAACAAUUCCCAAACAAGCCUGAAUCCAGUAAAGAAAGAGACUGGAAUGUGGGCUUCAACAACCAUGCAGACCGUGACCAGAUCCUACAUGCUAAUACUAGUGGAUGUGUUCAUGACGUAAGGCAACAGUCACACGAUGAUACAUGGUCAGGUAUCGAUUGUAUCUCAAUCUAG